AUAGAACAUUACUAAGUAGUGAGAACUACAGUAGGAGUGAAUUGACACUAACAAAACAGUGGUGGACUUUUUCAUCUCCUUCAGUAAAACACCCACACCUUUUCGUUUUUCAAUUUGUUCUUUUAACUAGCGUGAUUGAGGUGUGUGUGUGUGUGUGUGUGCGAGUGUGUGUGUGUGUGUGUGAGUGUGUGUGAGUGUGUGUGUGAGUGUGUGUGUGAGUCAGAUGGCAGAUGGUGUGAUUUGAGAGUGUGUUACGAUUCAGGACAGAUGACAGCACAGUCAACUUGAAACCUCACACGCGUACACACACACACACACACACACACACACUCAAAUCUGAGUUUAACCGAACUGAAGCAGGCGUGUGGUGAAAUUCAGAACGAGGCGAACCAUUUACCAGACGGAGGGGGGAGUACGAUGGAGAGGGUUUUUUUAAUGACUUGAUGCUACAUUGAUUUAAACUAAAUACAGUGAGAGAUGGAGAGACAGACUUCAGAACAGAUCUUCAGAACUCUUAGAAAACUCCUUUAAGGUUCUUCCUUUGUUCCUGUGGGGAAACUCUUAGAUGUUCCAGGUAGAACCCAACAACACAGUGCUUUCCUAUCAGAAAUGUUUCCAAGUUAUUCCUUUUCUUGGAAGUGAAGAACCCUUAAUUAUCCACUGCAACCUUGAAGAACCCUUGAAGAACCCUUUGUUCUAAGAGUGUGUGUAUGAACUGGGUAAGUGUGUGGUACUGACUCCUAAUUAUUGCUAAUUAUUUUCUUCUUGUCAGGACUUUAACAUUUAGCUUCUUUGUCCUGGGUACACUCUCGGUUCUUUAAGGGUUCAUUGGGUAAUUAAGAGUUCUAGCUUCCAAAAAAGGGGUUCCACAUGGAACCCAGUUAACACACACACACACACACACACACACUGUUGGAAAAAAACAAUGGGUUCUUUGGAUAAUUAAAAGUUCUUAGUUUCUACAUGGAAGUGUUUCUGAUAGGAAGAAAAUAACGUUAUUGGAAACUGCUGAUUCAGCUACAUUUGAGUCUUUAUACAUAUUUUUAUAUUUACAAAAUUAAUCUAAAGUCUGAAUUAAAAUAAUUUCAGUAUUAAAAUUUUAAAAUAAUUUGAUAAUUGCAUGAUGACAAAAGUAAACAUCUGAGAUAAACAUGAAGACUGGGACAUUUCAUCAUUUACUCACACUGUUCCUUUAAUAAACAAACAAACAAACAAACAAUUCAUUCUGUCUCAUUGUCAAAUUAUUUAACUCUUUCCUCCUACUAGAAAAUAAUGCAUAUUAAUCAUAUUUGCCUGAGCAAAACAAAAACAUGAAAUAUCUUACUUAGUUUUAUCUUUAGAUCCCUUGAAUUUAUUUAUGAUUUAUAUCAGAAUUAGAAAUCUGUCCUUACAGCAUGCUGUCAUUAAAAUACUCAGCAGAUAUAAAUAAAGUCUGUCUCUAAUUAAAUUAAAACACUGCUAAUGCUGUGUCUCAGAGCUGGUCUGCUGAUGCAGAAUUAUUUUUAAGGUUAAAUAUUUUGUAUUAGAACAAUAAAAGGGACAUUUGUUAUAUUAUAGCACGUGUCUGAGUUUCUCAGGUUGAAUUAAGACCCUGUGCAUCUUGUAACUAGUAAAAGAUUUAAAACAUUUUGUUUUAGAGAAUAAGUUAGUUAAUAUGCAAUCUCGAUACUGUCGGUAUUUCAGUAUUUUUUAAACGAGAGAGAAAGCUCUCGUUUCCUCCAAAUGUUAAUAAUUUAAUGUUUAUUUUAAAGACGUGUGUAACACGUAGAUUAUCUUUAGAUAUUGUGUGCGUUUCGGAACAGAGUUUGUCGAUGUGCUGCUUCUCAGCAAAUGUGCAAGAUGUUGAGGUUAAGGUGUGAAAGUUCAAACCGCUUUUCAAAACUCUCUCAUGAGACUGAGGAACAAUAAAACAUUUAGUUUCUGCCACACGACGGGACGAGAAGCGCAGAGACGCUGCUAUUACACUCAGUGUCUUUAACGCCGUGACCGACGACCUCAGGCUGCAGUAAACAGGAACAUGACACACACACGGAGGAUUGCGUGUCUGAUCUUUCUGAUUGUCUUCCUCGAAGGAUGUGUGUGUGGAUUAAACCCGAGCGUGUGGCAAACGCCACGAAUCAUAACUGCAGAGUCGGGAGAGCGAGUGAACAUCAGCUGCCACUUCACACUCACCAACGCAUCACAGCAAGGACGAUGGAAAGUAGCGUGGAGGAAAAACAACGACACAGUAUUUCUAAAUGGAAUUAAUAUUUCAGAUUUUACAUUAACUGAUGUGAAUAAAUCUCACACACUGACGCUUUCUUCAGUGAACGAGAGUCACAGUGGGAUUUAUUACUGUACAGUGUGGCAGGAUGUUCCGCACCUCAUGUCAGGCGCUGACAGCACAGGAACACAGCUAAUCGUGAACUCCAUCAGCCCAGACACGACUGCUGAUCAGUCAGUAACGUCAGUAACGUCAGUAAUGUUAGUAAUGUGGGCGGCGCCGUUAGCUUUAGCGCUGAUUAUUGGCUGCUUUACGUCCGUCACGUGCUGUUUUUACAGAGCUCGCUGCAUGAGAAGAAAGAAGGAAAACCAGCCAGCGCAGAAGGAUGAUGAAGGUGUCGUGUACGCAGCAGUGAAUAUUCACAAACCUCGCGAGAAGAAAAACACGCAGGAGGCCAGUGAAGCGCCGGAUGCAGGAUGUGCCCCAAACGCAGAGGUUUUAUACUCAGAGAUUCGCAUAAAAUCAUAAAAACAUUUUGUGAUGAUUUUAGAAAUAUAAUGUUUAUAUAGCGUAUAUCUAUAUAUUGUUUUAUAAUGUAUAAAAGUUUAAUAAAAUAAAGCUGUAUAUAAAAUAAUAAAUGAUAAAUAAAGCUUAGAUCUAAAUCAUAAUAAACUGUUGAAUUAUUGUUAAUUAUUAAUUACAGAUAAAACUUUAUUUUGACUAAAACUGUAAUAGAAAUGUUUUUAUUCUUGGCUUUUUGUCGCCGCACUCAU